AUGAUCGGAGUCAAUUACGGACGCAUAGCUAACAACCUCCCGUCGCCGGAGAAUGUAGUGAAUCUCCUGAAAUCCCAAGGAAUCAACCGUGUCAAAAUCUACGAUACCGACAAGAACGUGCUAAAUGCUCUCGCCAAUUCCGGAAUCAAAGUAGUCGUCGCUAUUCCCAACGAGCUGCUCUCCUCCACCGCCUCCGACCAAUCAUUCGCCGACAACUGGGUUCAGACCAACAUUACGAAAUACUUCCCGGCGACGGAGAUCGAGGCUAUCGCCGUAGGUAACGAAGUGUUCGUCGAUCCGAGGAACACACCGUAUCUCGUCCCUGCGAUGAAGAACAUCCACACCUCUCUGGUUAAGUAUAAUCUCGACAAAUCGAUCAAGAUCUCGUCUCCGAUUGCUCUGAGCGCGCUGGCUAGCUCGUACCCGCCGUCGUCCGGUUCUUUUAAACCGGAUUUAAUCGAACCGGUUAUCAAACCGAUGCUCGAUCUGCUACGCCAAACGUCGUCGUAUCUCAUGGUAAAUGCUUACCCGUUCUUCGCUUACUCAGCAAACGCGGACAAAAUCUCCUUAGACUACGCUCUGUUCAGAGAAAACGCGGGAAAUAUCGAUUCCGGUAAUGGACUGAAGUACAACAGUCUCUUUGACGCCCAAAUAGACGCCGUUUUCGCCGCAAUGUCCGCCGUCGGAUUUGACGGUGUGAAGGUGAUGGUGACGGAAACAGGGUGGCCUUCCGCCGGCGACGAGAACGAGAUUGGUGCUAGCGAUUCCAACGCGGCCGCGUAUAACGGUGGACUCGUGAAGAGGGUGUUAACGGGUAACGGAACGCCGUUAAGACCGAGGGACCCACUCAACGUCUUUUUAUUCGCUUUGUUUAACGAGAACCAGAAACCGGGGCCCACCUCCGAGAGAAACUACGGACUCUUUUACCCGAACGAAGGAAAAGUGUACGACGUUCCUUUCUCCGCGGCCGGAGAAGCGAGGUCAACGCCGGCCAACGGUAACAGAGCUCAGGUCCCGGUGGUCCACGAACGACAAACGUGGUGCGUGUCCAACGGAGAGGCUGCGAAGGAGAAACUACAGGCGGCUCUUGAUUACGCUUGCGGAGAAGGAGGAGCUGACUGCCGUCCGAUUCAGCCGGGUGCCACGUGUUAUCAUCCUGAGUCGUUAGAAUCCCACGCUUCGUACGCCUUCAACAGUUACUACCAGAAAAACGGACGUCGUGUUGGCACGUGCUACUUUGGCGGGACCGCACACGUGGUCACGCAACCUCCUCGAUACGGGAAAUGCGAGUUUCCCACAGGCACAGAACAUUGA